AGGCCCUGCAGGUUGAAGUACUUUCAUUCAGAGUUCUUCCAGUUUCUGUUCAGAUUCACAACAGCGUCUCAUGCAGAAUGAAUGCCUCAGGAGGGGGUUCGUCUCUGCAGGUCCAUGCGGUCCGGUUCGGUCCGGGUCAGGAGCUGCUUGGGUCUCUGCAGGCGUUUGUGGAAUCGAGGCGUCUCCGAGCGCCGUUCAUCAUCACCUGCGUGGGAAGCGUUACCAAGGCAACGAUCCGACUGGCCAACGCCACGGCAACCAACACCAACGAGCUGAUCCACCUUAGCGGCCGGUUUGAGAUCGUCUCCCUGGUGGGCACUCUGAACCCGGACCCCCACCUCCACAUCUCCCUGUCGGACGCAGAGGGCCGGACGGUCGGGGGCCACGUGAUGGGAGACCUCGAAGUGUUCACCACGGCGGAGGUGGUCGUCGGCGAGGCGGCAGACCUGGAGUUCACCAGAGAGAUGGACGAUCGGACGGGAUUCCCUGAGCUGGUGGUUCAGCCUCGAUCACAGACUGAGACUUAACGAUGGUUUAAAGAGGAAACGCAGUAAAGAAAGAGUCAAAGUAGUGAGUUACCGGAUAAAGAUGAUACUGACGUUCUCAUACCAGUGUUCAACAUGGUGAAAUACUGUGUAAAUCAAGAGGAUUUAAGCAAAAUAAUUCAUCCAAGCAGCAGGUUUCUUGAUAUUAAUGACCUUUAAAUGGAAACCACAGUCCAAAGAAGGAAAGGAACAAUGCCUAUAAUCUGUGAUGCAACAUUAAAUGUGGUUUUAUUGUCUUUAUUCCAGUGAAAACUCUUACUUUAUCCCAAAAGCCUGUAAACCAGUCACAGAAUGAGGUUAUUAAUGAAUCAAUUUCAAGAAACAAUAAUUUUAAAAAAUUGUUGUUUCUUAGGAGAAUGAUCUUAUUUUUUUUAUAAUUUUAUUUUUCAAAAAGGUUUUAUAUAGGAAAAAACAAACAAAAAACCAAAAGCAUUGAAAGAUAGGUGUACAUAAUCAAACAAAUUACAAUAGCAAUCUACAGGGAAAUACAGUUUCCUAAAGAAAACAGACAAUAUAGAUUAAAAAAAAAAGAUUUAUGAAGAUAUAUGUCCUCCAUUUCUCCCAUAUUUUCUCAGAUUUAUCAUUUUGGAGUCCGUUGUAAAAUGUGAUUCGCUCCAUCACAAAAACAGUGUAAAUAACUUGAUGCCAGUCUUCCAGGGUUGGGGCGUUUACAUUUAACCAUUUUUAGUAAAAGCUUUCUGAGCAGCUGUACUCAACAUUCCAAACAAACAUUUAGUGUCUUUAUUUGUGUCCAGUGAGUAAAUAUAACCAAAAAGCAACUCAUCCCAGUUGAGAAUGAUCAUUCUCCCGUGAAUAAGAUCAUUCAUAGGAGGAUGAUCUUCUUCUUGAGGGCAGCCAUCCUGCAUGUUUUAGAUGUAUCCCUCUUCCAACACACCUGAUUCAAAUUGUAGCAGCCCUUGGCAUCAAUGAAACGGCGUAGAGUUCGACUGGUGCAAACCUUUAUUUCAUUGUCAUGCACUGUGAAACUAAAACACAAACAUUUGUACAUAAGUUAUGUUACAAAGUUUACUUAGGUUACAUUUUCUUUAAAAACACAGACAUUACAACAGGACAUAUUACUCAUAAUUAAAAUUGUAAUUUAAUACACACGUUUCAAACAAAAGAACAAACGAAAGACCAAAACAUGCCACUACAAUUAAUUAACACAUACCUUGCUCCGCCUACCAAGGGUGCAAAUUCCUCACUCAUCCAAUGUAUAACAGGUAUGCGAACCAAACUGCGCUUUAACAACAAAAAAACCAACCCAUUCCACAUGACUGUCGAGCUUGAUAUUUGUUCAAAAUAAUGUGUCAAACAAAUCAAACUCAAAUGUUGUUUGUGCUCACUUCACGUCUUUGUUCAGCACAAUCCUGCUCUGCUCUGUGUGGUAACCCAAAUGCAUGUGGCAAAACAGGUGUGUGGCAAUCAGCCUCAUUAUAUCCCAAAAGGGGGUGUGGCAACAAUAAACCAAAAUGGGGAAAAAAAAAAAAAUCCAACAGAAACCAAAAAUAAAUAAAAACAAGAAAAAGAGAAGAAGAAAAAUCUAAAAUAAUAAAUAAACCUAUCAACUGGCCACUAACACAAAUGAUAGGCCUAUGAUCAAGCUGUGCAGAAGCUUAAUAAUGACGUUCAGGUGUGCUGGAAGAGGAAACGUCUAAAACAUGCAAGAUAGCGGCCCCCGAGGACCAGGACUGGACUCCCGUGUUCUAAGGAAAGGGUUGCAAACCGUCACUAUCUGCCAUCAGAAAUGCCAAAAAAUGUCACUGUUUAAAUGCAGGUAUUAACCAAUUCGCACCUAUUUAGUCUAAUGAUAUCAUGCAUCAUGUUAAUUUUUGUGUGUUUGGCAGUGUUUUGGUGCUUUAUUUGCAUGUGAAGUGUGAUCCACAUUUUAGUUUGGUCUUAUUUUAUGUUGUUAGAUGGGGCCAUGAAGAGGGGCUGAGGGCCACAUGCAGCUCAGGUUGCAUCCCCAUGUCUUAAGAAAAUCCAUUUUUGUGUUAAUGACACCUUCAGUGGUUUCAUUUAACCCUUACAUAUUGUUUUUCAACCUUGGGGUCGGGACCCCACGUGGGGUCGCCUGAUAUUCAAACAGGGUCACCUGAAAUUUCUAGCAAUUGAUUAAAAAAAAAAAAAAAAACUUAAUAAAAAAAAU